CCCUGCCAAUCAUCCAUGGCCCUUUGCACACACACCGAUAUCAAAAACAUAAAUAAAAAAAAAAAUACAUACACAUACACAAAGACAAAAUCUAGUAGUACAUUUGUACACAAUGAUGCUCUCGAAACGUAACUGUCGUCACCUUCUAUUGCACGCAAAACACACAAAAUUGGAUCGGCAUUUUAGAGCCAUUGAAUAGUCGUCAGUAUAGUACAUAUAUUUUUUUUUUUUUUCCCACAAAUCAGCCAUUUAUUAUCGAAUCUACAAGUACGCUAAAAUUAUCUCGCAAGCCACAUGAUAAAAAAGUGAAUAUUUAUUUUUUUUUUUUCUUCAAAUUAAAUAAAAUUAAGUGCAUUUUUUUUUUAUUGUAAAUUUGACAAAACAAAGUUUGUCUGUGUGUGUGUAUAUUACAAUCAGUGUAUGUGUCUCUUUUUUUAUAUAAAAAAAAAAUAUGUGAAUAAUAAUAAUAAACAAGAAUAAUAAUAAUAAAAGGUACAAAAAAAAGCUGAUCAAAAAUGGCGUCAAGUGAGACAAAAAGUCGGUGGAUUAACAGACUGAUUAUUUUGUAAAUAAAAUAUAUUAAAUAAUAGUUUUACUCAAAUUUCAAUUGACAAUGAUACUUGGAUAUUUUUAUAAUUAUCAAAUUAUAUCAUUGACAUUUUAAUAAAAAUAAAUAAAAUAUCUAAAAAUUAUUAAAUUAUGAAAAAGUAAAAUUAAAUUAUAAUUUUUUUUUUUUUUGUUUAUUUUGUUUUUUUUUUUUUUGGAGUGUUAAACAUGACAAAAACAAUGUCGUUAUUUUUGACAAUUGCAUUAAUGAAAUAAUAUAUAUUUUUGAGAGUGUUAAAUUAAUAAAUAACUUAACAAAAUGUAAAUAUUUGAGGUAAUCCAGUAAAGACAUUUGAUCAAAGAGGAGAAAAAUAAAUUAAAAACAAAACGAUAGGAAAAAAAGUUUAAUUUUCGUGAAAUUUAAAAAACAAUGAUUGACGUGUGCAUCGAGAUUUAUUUGAGUGACAAAGUGACGUAGUUAAUAAUAAUAAAAAUGGACGCUGGAGUGACACAAUUAUAACAAUAAACCAAUCAAAAAAUUAUUAUUGUUAAAAAAAAAAAAAAAACAAGAGAAUAAUCACAAGUUUUAAAACUUGUGUAUUUGUGCGGUUUUUUUUUUUUCUUUUUUUUUUUUUAAUUUAAUCUAUAUAGAUGUUGUUGUAUUUUGAGGUUAAGUUUAUGAAGUGUAUUGUGCUUGUGGAUUAUUUGACAAGUGAUUGUAUCAAAUUUAUAAAAUGGAUCAACAGGGAUGACUGACAAUUGCUGGAACUCUGGUGGUGGCGCUGGCGUCAAGAUGGAGCACUUUCAGACCAGCCUGGACCCCAGGAAGCAGGAGUUGCUGGAGGCCCGGUUUCUUGGAGUGAGGACUGGUCGCAGCAAUGGACCAAGUAAAAAUUCCGUUGACAUAGCGCAGCCGUCGACGAUACCAAAUGCCGUUAAGUGUGGCCAACCGACAACACCGGGAAUAGACUGGACAAGGCGCGACAAUGCCCAACCCUCGCGUGAUCAACGAAACUCAUCCUCCAGUACACCCGGCCAGGGCCAAUUGUCUCAGAUGUCUGCUGGAUCACAAAUUCAGAUGGCACCUCAAUCAACCGUGAACUCUGGUCAGUCGGUUCAUAGUCAAGACUCUAAUAUGAGUACCGGCUCGUCGCAUAGCGACAAAGAAGUGGAUCCAAAUACUCCAGAAAAAUUACCAAGAACAACAUCAGAAAGAAAAAGAAAACGAAAGGGUGAUGAUAGUGGUGGUAGUGUUAUUGGUAGUGGUGGUGGUGGUGGUUGUGGUGGUGGUGGUGGUGGUGCCGGUGGUGGUAGUAGUAGUAAAGGUGCAAGACCAAAUGUUGCAUUGGAUAAUAAAAAAAUAAAUGAUUAUUUUCCAAAACAUCAUUUAGGAAGUAGUCCAAUAAGACAUGGAGGAGCUAAAAGUCCAUCACCACAACAAGGCUAUCCUAUGUAUCCACCAUCAACACAACCAAUUGUAUCAGCACAAUCAACAACACCAAAUUCAUCUGGUGCUGAAUUUACAUCAUUAAUGCAACCACCAAGACCUCAAUUACAACCACCACCACCACCUCCACCUCCACCACCACCAGUUACAACACAACCUGCUGGCUCAAUGGUCAGCAAGCAGGUUCAGGUAAGGCCAACCAAUCUACCUAGGACAAGCCAGGUCAGGCAAGCCAAGACAAACACACCAAAUACGGAAUUGACUUGCCAAAGGAUACAAGAAUUUGAAUCACAGGCAUCAACAGACUUGGAACUACGUAAUAAUAAAAUUGACGAAUUAAAUAGAACAACAGAAGAACUUAGGCAUCAAAUGGCAAGUCAACAAAAAAUAAUUGAACAGCAUAAAUCCCAUAUAAAUAAAUGUAUAGAUGUUGUAAAAAAAUUAUUAAAAGAAAAAUCAAAUAUUGAAAAAAAAGAAGCUAGACAAAAAUGUAUGCAAAAUAGACUGAGACUUGGACAAUUUGUAACCCAAAGAGUUGGUGCAACAUUUCAAGAAAAUUGGACAGAUGGUUAUGCAUUUCAAGAGUUAGCACGUAGACAAGAAGAAAUAACAUCUGAACGUGAAGAAAUUGAUAGACAAAAAAAAUUAUUGGGUAAAAAAAGACCACCAAAUAGUGAAACAAGUAGAAAAAGAAGUCAAACACAACCAUCAUUACAUAAUGGUACUGAAGUUACAUUUUUAAAACCAGAAGCUGUUACUGGUCCAUAUACUGCACAAGAAUAUUAUGAAGCUGAUGAAAUAUUAAAAUUACGUCAAAAUGCAUUAAAAAAAGAAGAUGCUGAUUUACAAUUGGAAAUGGAAAAACUUGAACGUGAAAGAAAUUUACAUAUUAGAGAAUUAAAACGUAUACAUAAUGAAGAUCAAUCAAGAUUUAAUUCACAUCCUGUAUUAAAUGAACGUUAUUUAUUACUUAUGUUAUUAGGAAAAGGUGGAUUUAGUGAAGUACACAAGGCGUUUGAUCUUAAAGAACAACGUUAUGUUGCUUGCAAAGUUCAUCAACUAAAUAAAGACUGGAAAGAAGAUAAAAAAGCUAAUUAUAUUAAGCAUGCAUUGAGAGAAUAUAAUAUACAUAAAGCUCUUGAUCAUCCACGAGUUGUUAAAUUAUAUGAUGUAUUUGAAAUUGAUGCAAAUUCGUUUUGUACUGUAUUGGAAUAUUGUGAUGGUCAUGAUCUUGAUUUUUAUCUUAAACAACAUAAAAUGAUACCUGAAAGAGAAGCUAGAUCUAUUGUUAUGCAAGUUGUAUCAGCAUUAAAAUACCUCAAUGAAAUAAAACCACCAGUAAUACACUAUGAUCUUAAGCCAGGUAAUAUACUUUUGACUGAGGGUAAUGUUUGUGGUGAAAUUAAAAUCACAGAUUUUGGACUGAGUAAAGUUAUGGACGAAGAAAAUUAUAAUCCUGAUCAUGGAAUGGAUUUAACGUCACAAGGAGCUGGCACAUAUUGGUAUUUACCACCAGAGUGUUUUGUUGUUGGUAAAAAUCCACCAAAAAUAUCAUCAAAAGUUGAUGUAUGGAGUGUUGGAGUUAUAUUUUAUCAAUGUCUAUAUGGAAAAAAGCCAUUUGGACAUAAUCAAUCACAAGCAACAAUUUUAGAAGAAAAUACAAUAUUAAAAGCAACUGAAGUACAAUUUGCAAAUAAACCAACUGUUAGCAAUGAAGCUAAGAGUUUUAUAAGAAGUUGUUUGGCGUAUAGAAAAGAAGAAAGAAUUGAUGUAUUAACAUUAGCAAGACAUGAAUAUUUACAACCUCCAGUGCCAAAGCAUGGAAGACAAGCUAAUAGUCAACAACAACAAGCCCAACAACAACAACAGCAAAUACAGCAAGCCCAACAACAACAACAAACAUCAUUUACAACUGGAAUGUUUAGUGGUAUGAAUGCAUCAAGCAGUUCGUAGUGAUUGAGUAAGCUUGCUAAAAGCAUUAAAAUAUUAUCAGCCAGUGAGGCACAUGAUCAACGACUAGAAAAAGUCUCAAAAAUUAUUGAGACAUGGACUGACAUGUUCAGUUGUUAAUAACAAACAAAUAUAAAUAAAUAAUUAUGAAAAAUUAAAUUAUAAUUAUAAUGAUGAUGAUGAUGAUGAUGAUAAUAAUAAGAAUAAUUGGGAAUAAUUUUCAUGAACAAAAUAAUAAAGUGAAAAAAAGAAAAAAAUUAAAAUAACCCAAUAAACAAACAAAUAAUAAAAAAAAAAAAAACGAAAUAAAUAUAAUUAAAAUUUUAAAAUAAUUUUAAAUAUAUAAAUGAAAAAUAAAAAAAAAAGUGAAACCCAGUUUGAUAAACUCAUUAAUUAAAAACGAAAGAAAUAUUAAAUUUCUGAAUGGUGAUUUAUUAACGACUCAUUGGAGUGGUAUAUAAUUAAAAUAAUUAACAAAAAUCAACGAUAAAAAUGCCAAAUUUUUUGUGAGAUGAAAAAAAUAAUGGAAGAAUGUGUUGAGACUAUUUUUUUUUUUGUUGUUUUUUUUUUUUUUUAAGUGAAAAUAAAAAGAAAAAAUGUUUGUUUGUUUGUGUUUUUUUUUUUAUAUAAAUAAUGGAAAAGUGAGUUAUAAUAUAAUUAAAAGAUCAAAGUGAUUGUAAAUAUAUGAGUUUAAUAAUUUUGAAGAAUGACGUCACAGUAUGAUUAAAAAAUUCACCCUGCCAAUGUCGAUCGAGUUAACACACUUGUGUGAGGGUAAAUUAUGUUUGUUUUUUUUUUUUUUUUUUUUCUUCUUUUAAUUAUUUUCCUGAUUAUUUUUUUAUUGUUAACUGAGGAAGGAAAAAUACUGUUUUUUUUUUAUUUUUAAUAAUUUAAUGUGAAAUAUUAAGAUGAAAAAAGUAAUAAAUUAUAGGAAAAAUAAAAAUUAAAAAAUUUACAUCACCAGCAUGACAGACGAAAUAAUGAAAAACAAAAAAUAUAUAUAUAUAUAUAAAAAUUAAUUACGUAAAUAUUUCCAAUUGUAUUAUCGUUCCUUGUAUCGAACCAGCAAGCUCCAAAUGCGAUAAUCAAAAUAAAAAAUAUGUAAAAAAACAAUGAAAUUUAGAUUUUUUAAAAUUCGCAAAAAUAUGAACAAUUUUUUUUAAAUAAUAAAAAAAAAAAAGCUCUGGUGGAAUUAUGGGAGUGAAAAGAGAAAUAAUAAAAUCGAGAUAAAAAUGUGAUAAGUCAUUUUGUAAUUUAAGAAGUAAAAAAAAAUUAAAUUUAGAAAAGGAGUAGCACGAGGGAGAAAUUUAAAAUUAAAAAUUCAAGUUAAUUUUAUUCUUGUAUAAUUUUUCUUUGUAUUUUAACUAGUUCUUUUUUUUUUUAUUUUUAAUUGAGAGUUUUGAGAGAGUGAGAGAGACAAGUCAAUCAAUAAUUGAUGAUAUUAAUUAACAUUGGUGUGUCAUGACUUGUCUAAUUGUUUUUGUUUUUUUUUUUUUUCUUGGUGUGACUGAUGAGCGAAAAAUAAAAAAUAGAAAACGAAUGAACGCGAUGAUGUAAUAAACUCAAAAUUGUUAAAAUAAAAAUUGAAAAGAAAAAAAAAUAGCAUGCGUGUAAAUAUUUAUACAAUAAAUAAUAAUUAAAUAAAUGCAUUUAUAUGGAUAUUUAAAAAAAAAAAAAAAACAUCUGUAUAAAGUUAUAAACAAUUAUCGUAAAAAAAUAAAUAAAUAAUUCCUAAUUCUUGUUGAAAAUGAAACAAGAAAAUUUUAGGGAUAAUAUAAAUCUCGAUUAUUUAUUUCUCGAUAUUUUGAUGAUUAAAAAAAAAAAUCAUUUUUGCAUGGUAUUUAUUUGAAAAGUAGUGUCGAUACAGGACGAAAUUUAAAAAAAAAAAAAAAAUGAGAAAUAAAUGAUAAAUGUUUUUUAAAUAUAUUUGAAUGAUUUUACAAAAUUUUUUUAAAUCCCUCAUAUUUUAUUGACUUAUUUAUUAUAAUUUUUACAUUUUUAAAUUUUUUUUUCUUUGUUUUAUACUGGAGUUUUUAUUUUAAAAUAAAAAAAAUCUUCAAAUAUAUUUAAAGGUCUAUUUUAUUUUUCCAAAUUAGCUAUUUUUUAUCAUUUUUUUUUUCCUUCCUCAAUGAAACUCUCUCACCGAGCGUCGUAUUAUUUGUAGUCAUAUUUAUUUUAAAAUUUUAUUUUUUUGUUUUUUAAUUAAUUUACAAACUCUUCGCGCGACACUGAGCUAAAUAAAACGAAUAAUAAAAUAAUGAAUAUAUUAAUAAAAAUAAUUUAAACACGAGAA